CUCUAUGGGAGAGCAGAGUGGAGAGAGAGCUGUCUGUAUCAGACAGGAUGUCGCCUGUCUGGUCCUUCUGGCUGUCUGGCUUCUGUCUGUCUGUCUGGCUACUGGUGCCUGUCUGGCUGUCUACUACCUCUGUCAACACAACCUGCAGUGUGUGGUAGCGUCCCCCAGUCCAGAGGAUGUCCUGACAGAGGCCUGGUCUCUGCUGCUGCCUGUAGGAGUGUGUGUCCUGAACACCUUCAUAUCACUACUCUACGCACACACACAGAGACUGGAGCGCUACGAUAGCGAACACACGCGCCUCUACGUCACUGUACUCAGGAAUGCAAUGCUGAAGGUGUCUAUCCUAGCGGUGUUGUGUUACUACUGGUUAGCACUGGUCCCCAGCAACGUCUCGGUGUCUGCGGACAAAUGGAGCCCAGAGGACGCACAGAGGAUCUGA